AUGGUUGCAGUUCAAGAAGCUGAAGUGGGAACAACUGCUGCUAUUCCUGCGGUUGUGGUAGAAGUGCCCAGACCUGUUAGUACCUUGACAGUGGUGACCAACCCCCUGAAGCCCCCAAUUAUUGCUGUUCAUCUACCACGGCCUCCUUUGCUGAUCCAUAACUGGGAAGCCAUUGACCAGCUGAUGAAAGAUCUGGACCUACUACAUAGACAGAACAUGGCCCCCAAACCCAUACUUGAGAUGAGUCUUGGCCUUGCAAGGGAUGUGCUCAACCUCCAUGAUCGUUAUGAGGAUCUCAAGCCCACCUUUAAGACUUCUGAGUUUUGCAAGGCCACUCAUGAAACCAACUUGGCUGAUUUUGCAAAGCAGAAGAAGCAAUUGGUAGAAUGCAGGGAGGUGCAGAAUAGGCUCGGGGCUGGACUGAGCUCCAAGACCAAGGCUACCUUCCUUGUGCAGAGCAUGGUUGCAACUUCCAGACCAGCUUUGGAAAUUGCAGAGGCUUCAAUCCACCAGGGGGUGCUGCUUCAGAAGGAACUCUCCAUCAAGAAAGUGAACUUGCAAGAAACCCUUAGGAAGUUAGGGUUUUGA